CUCAGCGAAGGAGUGCGCGUUCUUUUGCCGAAAGUGAAUGAGUCGUUUUCGACUUCCGAACUGUGGCGACAUUUUUCGCAUUUUCCAUCUGUUGACCGCCCUUUUUACCGGUCGAUCUCUCUGAAUGACUAACCAACAAGGAUCACGUAGGACUGAUUUUAUUUUACUGUAAGCAUUCUUUCUCUGCACUUAUUUUAAUAUUGUUAUUGUGAAAUGUCGAGGCUUGGCUUUCUCGGAGGGCGCUGGACUUGGCAUGCCUUCACUGUUGUUAUUGCUCUGUUUGUCAUUUCAACCCAAGUUUCUUCUUCUGAAUUCAAGUUCCUUGUUACACCCCUACCUUUUGCAACUGUGGCAUUUGGUGCCAACUAUGAGAUGGAUUGUAGAACAAAUGACAAAAACGCCACCACAUCCCUGUUCUUUAGAAAGAACCCAACAUUUCCUUCAAAGGAAAAAUACACAGAACCCAAAAAGCUUAUUAAAGUUGGAGACAUCUAUUCAAUUAUUUAUUUUGGCGUGAACGAUUUUGGUGCAUAUCAGUGCCGCGCCACAAAUGCUUCAGGAUUUGUAAUUCAAAAUGUCGAAGUCAACUUAUAUGGUAGGCCUGAUGUGACUCCAGAUGUGAAAAUAGUUCCCGAUCAAGCUGUGGUACUCACUAUUGGUCAACAUGUAAAUCUAACAUGCAUUUCUGCAACUCAAACCACUCUGAAAUGGUUAAAGCAAGAGGAUGGUAGUGAUAUUGAAAUUCCUCUUAGUCAGACUGUCUCUACAAAAGAUGUCAAUACCAAUCAACAUAAGUUAAUUUUAAUGAUCAAAGAUACUCAGUUAGCUGGUGAUGCAAUGUAUAAGUGUUUGAUGAUAGCAAGCAAUGGAAAACAAAACUUUAAACUUGCAUCAGUGAUUAUCUAUGCUCCAGAAAAACCAAACAUCAUUUCUAAGUCUGCGAAUGUGACGAGGAGUGAGGGAGCAACUGUACAAAUUGACUGCUUAGCAAGGGGUUAUCCUUACAUCAAGUCAUUCAAGUGGUUCAUUGAUGGCAAAGAAAUCACUGUACCAAAUUGUAAAGUCACUGCCCUAAAUAAAUGUGAAAACUGGAGGUACAUUAUGUCAGUGCAGGUACCAAAAGAUAGGGAAAUGAAAAGUUUUUUGACCAUUAAGAACACGAAAUAUCCUGCAGACCAUGGUGCUUACAGAUGUGUUGCCAUGAACUCAGAGGGUCAGGAUGAAGCCACCAUCUUCAUUAAUAUUGAAGCAAAACCAGUUCUUUCCAAAGAGCGUGAUGUAUUCCUUGAAGUGAAGAAACUCAGUACUCAAGUGGAAUGUACAGUCUUGCAUGCCAACCCUAAAGCCUCAUUUCAAUGGGAGUUCCAAAAAAUUAACCCUUUGUUUCCUGAUCAGCCUCCUUUUGAGAUCCUUUGGAUGAAUGUUACAGGGUACACUAUAACACCUAGCAUUGGGGUACCAACAGAAAAAAGCAUUUUGUAUAUUCCGGCCAACUCAGACCCCACUUACUUCAGGUGUAUUGCUAAGAACAAGGUUGGAGCUAGCAAUUGGACAGUCCAGUACAGACAUUCAGAUGACACCGACUAUGUGAAAAUUAAGUUUCCACUCUACCGCCCUACGACUGUUGAUGAGCAUGAUAUACUAGAAAUACACUGCAUUGCUUUCAAGCAGUUGGUAAACUCCAAUGGCGUACAGUUUUUGCGAGGCAAACAAGUUCUGUCCUCAAGGGCUGAUCCGAGAGUCAACAUAACAAAAACAAACUUAGAUGAUGAGUUCUAUAACCUCAAACUGACUAUUAUUAAUGUCACAGUGAAUGAUUCAGGGAUGUAUGUGUGUGAUGCUGUGGGACUUAAGCCUAAGAGGUUUAUUAAUGAUUCAGUUAACAUCAAUGUCAAAGCUCUAGCUCCUCCAAAAGUCUCCGGCCUUCUGAAUCAGACAGUGAAGCGGGAGAGAGUGUCUGAGGUCAAACUGUUCUGCACAGCAACUGGGCACCCAACACCAAAGAUCACAUGGUUCAAGGGAACCCCACAAGGCUGGGGUGAGAUCACAAACAUCUUAAACCUUGUACGGGAGACUGGGUGUUCGAGAAGCCAAGCUGGGUUCUUCUUCUAUCAGGACAGCAUGGGGAGUCCUCUCAUCAUCUGUGAACCUAACAACAGAGGCUAUUCCGGCACCUACAAGUGUGUUGCUACCAACAAGCUUGACACUGAUUUUGCAACAGGAUCCCUGAAUGUUCUAGAGAAAGCAAAGAUAGUGUCACCGAAAAGCAAAACAGUUCUUGUGCGCCCUGAAGAACACUUCAAUCAAAGCUGCCAUGCGAGCGGCAACCCUGUACCCAAAGUAAUGUGGAUGCGACCUGGUAAAGCUGGUACCAAGGUCCUUAGCACAGGCCAAGGAAGUGCCCUACUUGUGAUUGACAAGAUGUCAAAAGACGAUAUUGCUAACUACACAUGUAAUGCAACCAACUAUAAAACAGACUCCUUAGUGUUUGCUUUGAAAAUAGAUUUACCAGUCUCUAGCCAGGCUACGCCGCUUCUUACCACGGGUGAGGUCACAGGAAUCGUAAUAGGCUGUGUGGCAUUUGUAUUUUUUAUUUUGAUAAUCUUUGGGAUCAUGUACUGGAGACACAAGCAAGAGAUUAAAGAGUACCGCGAGAUCUACUUCCUGAGGACAGGGCAGUCAGACUAUAAGCUGGAUCCAGACCGAAGCCUUUUGGAGCAAUGCAACGACCUUCCUUAUGACCACGACUUUGAGUUCCCAGAAGAAAGACUCGUUCUUGGAAAAUCCCUCGGCCAAGGCGCAUUUGGCCAGGUGCUUCGUGCUGAAGCUAUUGGGAUGUCUGCAUUCAAACCCAGAGACAAAGCGCCGGAAGCUGUUAAGAUGAGGGACAAGUUUAGGAGAUCAUUCAGGAAGAAAGGGGCAGAGUAUAACAGCAUGAGAAGCACGAAGACCACUGUUGCUGUAAAAUGCCUUAAGGAAGGAGCAAGCGAAAGUGACUACAAAGACCUGGCCUCAGAGCUCAAGAUCCUUAUCCAUGUGGGCGAACACAAGAACAUCGUGAAUGUGCUCGGCGCAUGCACGCGAGGCAGAAGACUCAUGGUCAUCAUAGAGUUUGCACCCUACGGCAACUUGCUAAGUUUUCUUCGAGCAAGACGCGAGGUCUUUGAGCCGACUUGGACCAAAACUAACCCCGAUCCAGAAGCUGAGUAUACGCUUGUGGACACAUCGAUGGCCUCCUAUCAGAUCUCCAAGGGAAUGGAGUUUUUAGCCAGGAAAAAGUGCGUACACCGUGACUUGGCGGCCCGUAAUGUGCUAGUAGGACCGGACUAUGUCAUGAAAGUGUCCGACUUUGGUUUGGCGCGUGACAUCUACCAGGAUGACCUGUAUGUUAAAACGACAAGCGGUCUGCUGCCCGUCAAGUGGAUGGCACCAGAAUCUCUCUUUGAUCGCGUCUACACGGAGAAGACUGAUGUCUGGUCAUUCGGCAUUCUGCUUUGGGAGAUCAUGACACUUGGCGGCACGCCGUACCCAGGCCUCCCGACCGAGCAGCUCCUGGACUACCUUAGUGAGGGUCAGCGGAUGGCGCAGCCGCAGAACUGCCCUCUAGAAAUCUACACGAUCAUGCGCGACUGCUGGAUGCAGCUGCCAGAUCAGAGGCCUCACUUUGGCACGCUUGUUGAGAGACUUGGUAACGUCUUGGAGAGGAACGUUGCUAAGGACAAUCCUUACCUCCAGCUUCUAGCAGAUGACAAAACUGGAGCAACAGACUACUACUUGACUCCAUGCGAUGAGAGACUGCAGAGAAAGAGGACAGAAGGGGUGGACGGAUACGAGGAGCCCAACACCUCCCCCCUGGGGGAGCCCUCCUCUAGGUACAAUUCUCCGUUGCCGUCAUUGCCGCCCGACGUCCACGAGGCGUCCGACGACGAGAUCGCAAAUUCACCCCUGCCUAGCGUCCCUCCCUCGUAUGACGAGGCUACAAAGCGAAAUAAUCACCAUGACAACCAUGGCAGCGCUGAGAGCGGCAUAGACGUGAACGACAAGCCUGUCGAGCGGGCAGAGGAGCAGCGUUUGUUAUUAGAACCACCGGACGACCACGAGUACGUCAACGCAAAUGCCGACAGAGGAAAGGGCAAAGGCAAGGGCAAAAGGCUAGAGUCACUCGUAUGAGGCUUAGAGAAACAAGGAGGAAAAUGGAAGUGUUGUUGAGCAGAAGCUAGUCUCUCGUAAGCGACUCGCCGCUUAUUGUUGGACGUCGCAUCCUUUCCGGCCAUUGUCACGUCCACGAGAAAAUGAGUGCGUUGUCCAUCCCCACGAUGGACAAAGGUUGAUAACGCACGUGACGGCCCGCUGAAAGCUCCCGAUCUUACAAGACCGGGCCCUAACAGGGGGGAAGGGGUCUGAAACCCCGAUUUGAGAUAUUGAUCGGCUCGAUGGAUAACAGAAGUGGAACUCGAAGAAAAAAAGAGUCAUAAUAGUCUUACUCACAUGCGAUGAAUAGUAAAAUACUCAAAGUAAAAAAAUAUUAUAUAGAAGAAUUUAUAGAUGUAUUAGGUAAGAGAAACAAACGUUCAUUCAAAUUUUCUUUGCUAGAAGUAAUUUCGGCGCGUCUGAACCCUCUUACUGUAAAAUUAGAGACGUCCCAAGAUUUUUAUAUGAAAAAAAAGCACACGAUGUCUGAUCAACUCCAGAGCUUUCUAACAUCAUUAGUUAGAUAAAAGCCCCGUUCAAACUAUGAUGAUGAGUAAAAACACAAUUUUCAAUUCAAAAGAUUUUCUCCUUUUUAACGAUUCGUUGCUGGAUGGAUUGUCAGAUUAUCUAGGGAUUCACAGUAUUAAAUUUGACAGUAAACCAAGCAUUUUUUCCAACCUAUCAAUAUUUGAACUAGGCGUAGAGUUAAUUGGUAUGUCUGUACACCGAUAGGAGAUAUUGUAGUGUAUAAUACUGAAAUAGGUCCACAGGUUAAAAACGAAUUGUGAUAUUUGAAGACUUCUAUCCUUCGAAGAGGUCUAUAAUUUAUUUAUUUAAUAUCUAGGUAAAAUGUUGAGCAAUGACAUGUUUCAAGAAGAAUUUAUCAAACAAGUUUUAUUGGAUUGUUUUAUUGAAACCAUUAUGGAAGAUUACUAAAUAUAGAUUGUUUGAUAAGCUUUUAAACUUUUUAGUAUAAUCGUUUUGCCAAGGUUGUUGUUACGUGGGCAUGGUUCUGAUCUAAUAUUGUUGUCUCAAGACAAUCAGCGGAUAUAUAUCAAAGACAGGCCUUCUCCUGGGUUACAACUUCUAUAUCCAUAUGAGUGCAAAUUUCUUUCCGUCGUCUUUUUUCUCCUUCAAACUAUUGUGCGAUUAUUAAAGUUUCGUUCUCAAUAGAUUCAGAAGAUGGCAUUUUUAUUUAUUGUAGUCUUGUGUGGCACAUUCUCGGAUAUGCGUCUCCGGUUAACUUGCCAGAUUAUGUGUGCCAGCUUGUAGAAUGUAUUCAGAAAUCUGUUCUACAUAUUAUCUGUCCCGAGCUCUCCUAUGAUGUCGCCCUUGAGGACUGUAGCUUACACGGGCUGGAUGAGCGCCGCGUUACUGCGUGCUGUAAUACCAUCCCAAGUAUCCCCAGUCGUCGGGUUUUUGUGCUCCUGUUGGCUUGACCAUCUCUCAGAUGCUACUAGGAGUGUCCUGUCCCUAGGACAGAACAACUUGGCAAUCUCGUAACGUAUAAAUAUGUAUAGCUUCCAAUAGCUAUCGACCACCCAUGUAAGUUAGUCCUGGAGACUACGAUCAAUGGUAAUAAACUGAUUAUUAUUAUUA